AUUUCAACAUGUGUGUUAUGAGACUGUAUGCGAGUUACGCAAAAUGCUAUUUCCGUUGUUUCUCAAACCUACAUUGCUUGAUUGGCAGAAUCGCAUAAAUCACACGCCUUCAUCUAAUGUUUGUAGCCAAAUUGAAAAUACUCUUUUGAACGCUUCCCUGUUGCAUUUGUAUGCAUUGCCCGUCGUCAGUGCCAAACUGGCAGUGUGUGUUGGAGUCGAGCGGAUCCUGCUGGUGGAAAACGGGGCUGCCUGGUGAGCGAAGUGCCACCGUGUCCAAAGGUCGUUAUACGAAAGCUCCAAUCUGGAUCGAGGCGGCAACAACAGGAAGAAGAAGAUAGAGGAAUUCUCUCGGUCUUCUCGGGAGAAAAUAGUUCAGUCGAAGAACAAAAUGUUCUCCAAAUUUACAUCGAUUCUCCAGCAUGCAGUGGAAGCGCUAGCUCCAUCACUACCCCUGCAGGAGGACUUUGUCUAUCACUGGAAAGCCAUUACACAUUAUUACAUUGAAACGUCAGAUGACAAAGCGCCAGUCACAGACACCAACAUCCCGUCCCACCUGGAACAAAUGCUGGAAAUUCUGAGUCAGGAGGAACUCGAACGGGAGUCUGGGGAGACUGGACCUUGCAUGGAGUAUCUCCUGCACCACAAGAUCCUGGAGACACUUUACACUUUGGGCAAGGCAGAUUGUCCUCCAGGAAUGAAGCAGCAGGUCCUGACCUUCUACACGAAGCUGUUAGCACACAUCCGUCAACCUCUCCUGCCACACAUCAAUGUUCACAGACCAGUUCAGAAACUGAUCCGCCUGUGUGGGGACGUACUUGCUGCUCCUACGGAAAACGAGGAGAUUCAGUUCCUUUGUAUAGUUUGUGCCAAACUGAAGCAGGAUCCGUAUCUUGUCAACUUCUUCCUUGAGAACAAGGCUAGGAAAAACGAGAGCAAGAGUCCAGCUGGGGCGGAGGGGCCAAAGGCCGCCGCGUUGGCUCCAGACACGGGUCAAGAACGUGCAGAAGGCAGUGAGGCGGCACAAGUGGCCGCUUCCAUCUCAAGUCCAAGCAACAGCAACAACAACAACAAUUAUAAUCUCGUUACCUCGCUGCUCAACCUUACAAAGAGUCCCGAUGGCAGGAUUGUGGUGAAGGCCUGUGAAGGCCUAAUGCUGCUGGUCAGUUUACCCGAACCCGCUGCUGCCAAGUGCUUGACUGAGAACACUGAGCUCUGUGAGCUUCUGACCGAUAGACUGGUCACCCUCUACAACGCCCUUCCGCCCUCCAUGGACCCUUUGGACAUCGAGACAGUGGAGUCCAUCAACUGGGGUCUUGAUGUAUAUAAUGGGAAGGAGGAUGCUGCAAUGUUUGCGGGGAAGAGGCCUCUCAUCUCCUUCCUUUCGUGGCUGGAUUAUUGCGACCAGCUCAUUAAAGAGGCUCAGAAGUCGGCGGCCUCUGUGAUGGCCAAGGCGGUGCGUGAACGAUUUUUUGUUGGUGUGAUGGAGCCGCAGCUUAUGCAGACGUCCGAGAUGGGCAUCCUCACCUCCACGGCCCUGCUCAACAGGAUCAUCAGGCAGGUGACGUCAGAGGCUCUGCUUCAGGAGAUGGUGCACUUCCUCCUGGGGGAGGAGAGCGAAGCCGAGACUCAGUCAACCAUCGCUCAGAAUCCCGUCAGGCACAGGCUCAUCGAGCACUGUGACCACCUCUCAGACGAGAUCAGCAUCAUGACUCUGAGGCUUUUUGAGCAGCUCAUCCAAAAGCCCGACCAGCACAUCCUGCACAGUUUAGUGCUGCGCAACCUCGAGGAGAGGAACUACCUGGAGAACAAACCUCCCGAGGAACGAGAGCCCAUUGAAAACGGGCAGCCUCAUGACGCUGUAGACCUGGAGGAGGAUCCGCUGUUUGGCGACGACCUCUCGCCAGACAGCAGGCUGCCGUCUUCCGAUUGGCUCAGCCCGUCUCCGUCGCACAGUCCGGACAAGUCUGAGGGGAAAACGGAAGUUCACAAGAUCGUCAACAGUUUCCUGUGUUUGGUGCCCGACGAGGCAAAGUCGUCGUACUUUGUGGAAGGAAGUGGCUAUGACACGUACCUCCGAGACGCGCACAGACAGUUCCGAGACUUUUGUGGCGUCUGUCUGCGCUGGGACUGGAGAGGAAGCCCCAAAGCCUUUGAGAAAUGCAACUUGGAACUCCCCUUCUUUGAGGGCCACUUCCUUAAGGUCCUCUUUGACAGGAUGGGGCGCAUUCUAGAUCAGCCGUAUGACGUCAACCUGCAAGUGACGGCGGUGCUUUCCAAACUGUCUUUGUUACCGCACCCCCACCUGCACGAGUACCUGCUGGACCCCUACGUCAACUUGGCUCCCGGAUGCAGGUCUUUGUUCUCUGUUGUGGUCAGGGUGGUGGGCGACCUCAUGUUGAGGAUUCAGCGCAUCCCCGACUUCACCCCUAAACUGCUGCUGGUGAGGAAGAGAUUGUUGGGUCUGGAGCCCGAGGGCAUCACGAUCGACCACGUGACUCUCCUGGAGGGGGUGAUCGUGCUGGAGGAGUUCUGCAAAGAGCUGGCGGCCAUCGCUUUUGUCAAAUACCAUGCCACCACCUCAACGUCGCCAUAACGGCUCGCCCGCUCUUCUUGACGCGACUGUCGGGACUUGAUGGGUUGCUGAGGUUCAAUACUGCGCAUGCAGCAGAGGAACAAGACUGAAGAUGGGCAACCUCUGCGUGUUCACUUUCACUGCCCAGCCAACCAUCCUCCUCCUCAUCAUCAUCAUGGAUGUUUUGUGUGUGGGACAAAAAGAUGCAUGUAUUUAUUUGCAGCCAUGGCUGCCAUCGCCUUAGUGUGGAAGCACACCGUUUUUCUUUCUGGAGCAUUUUUAUCUUUUGUGUUUUCCAUGCUUGUAGACGUGCAGUUAACAUUGUCCUCUUAAAAUGCCACGUCCUCUUAUUUAUUGAUUUGCUUUCUUUUUAAACCAACAUGGUAUUUGGAUGCUUUUAAUGCAGUCGACGAGCAGAUGAUUCAUUUCCUUCAUCCAAAGCUUCAUCGUCAUCCAAAGAGUUCACCAUCCAACGUGGUGUUUAGGAGCUGGCGGACUUUUGCACAUGCACUUGUUACAUUUUCGCUUACAUUUGUACAAAGAUACAAUGCCUCUCACCGUUCCGUUCCCCACCCCGAGCCAGUGAGCUCCUCUAUGUUUCUAUGCCUUCUUCUACAAACGUGUAUUUAAAAGCAGUGUUGUGUCAUGGAUGACCCAAAUGUGUACUGUAUUGUUACAUAUUCUUUGGCCAGGUGUAGGUUGCUUUAAAUCAACAUCUUACCACACUUCUUUUUGAGUACUUGAUGAGAAAAAUCAAGAUAUUCCUCCAUGUGUCUUUGGUGUUUGAUUCGUAUGGAAAGGUUUGAGAGAUUUGUGUUGGUCUCUUUUGGUCUUGAGCUGUUGAUGGAAGUGCUUGAAUAGAGUCACACUUGCACAUUUGUAGUUCUUCACACUUGCUUAUUAUGUAAAUAACACAAAAGUUAAUCUGCCCCCCGUCCCACUUAAACCCCCAAAAUAGUGUAUCACAGGAGUAAUGUUCUUACUGUAUUUUACAGGACUUGCCUUUUUUCAUGCAACUUUUAUAAUCAGCCAUCUUACCAACUUUGUGUUUCAGUAUAUUGUAUGUGUACAAUAGCAAUAUAGAAGGAUACUACCUGGUGUCAAAGAAUGCC